UGAAAAUUGGCGCGCACCAACACUAGAUAAAUAAAGAGCGCGAUGACGAAAAGUUUUAAUGUUUUGAAUGAGUUUAGUUUUUAAUUUGUAUAGAGUUUAUAGUGUAAUGGCUAGAACCAAGGCGUCGGUGGGUGCAAAAAUAUCUUCGGGUAAAAGCAGCAAAGCAAGAUGUAGUGCUGCUCCGCCUCCGAGCUCAACAUCUUCCACAGGCAGCGGUGAUAAAUCUAGAAGUGCCUCCGGCGGUAACCCGGUGUGUCCGAGAGAAACUCCCAAGUGGCAGAAACCCAUCACCAACUUCUUCAUUAACAAACCGGCUGAAGAAAGUCUUGAAACUGCGGGCAGUUCGAAGCCAAAACCUAGAAGAAAUGUGAUUAACUCGGACGACGAGGAAGUCAACAACAACGACGAGAAGCCCAGGAACAAAGAGCUAGAUGACAGUAUAGAACUGGAGCCUUUGACCGGAGAGAAUAGUCACAAGAUUGUUGAAUACUACACGAAAGAUAAAGGAAAAGGUAAAGGAAAGAAAGAUAAGGAAAACGUAGACAAUAAUAAAAGAUGUCUUGAAGAGAGCGAUGAGAGGCCGACGAAACGGGUGAAGGUGGACCCGUGAAGUGAUACUAACUGAAUAUAUAUAAGACUAUUAAUAAUCAAUCAAUAUUGUUCUGGAUUAAAUUAACUAGAAAAUUGCUGAUAAAGUUUUUAACCAGAUUUUCAUACGGAGAACUGUCUGUCGCAGAUAUAAUAGAAUGUUUUUUCUGUUUUGUCAACUUCGUGUAAUGACUUACAGACUCAGGUUAAUGUCGGAAUAAAGUUUUUUUCUCAACAAA